AGCCAGCCAGCCCGUGCAGCAGCUUUGUGCGCAUGUUCUCAUGUCUCGGAUGGUGUAGCUGUGUAGCUGUGUGCAGGUCAGCAUCAUUGCAUGGUUGAUGUCCAACUGGAGGACGCGAGGAGGAUUUGCAGAAGAAUAGCAGCGUUCAAAGAUCAUCGGAAAUAUCGACACAUCAGGUGGCAUCAUGGGCAAAGUGACGGGAGGGAUGAAAUGCGUGAAAUAUCUGCUCUUCGUCUUCAACUUCAUCUUCUGGCUGUCGGGCCUGUUGGUGCUGGCUGUGGGACUUUGGCUCCGGUUUGACCCAGAAACAGUGGAGCUACUGACCGGUGACGGCGCCCCGGACACAUUCUUCAUAGCUGUGUACAUCCUUCUCGGUGCAGGAGGGUUGAUGAUGAUCGUCGGGUUCUUCGGUUGUUUCGGGGCCGUACGUGAGUCUCAGUGUCUUCUUGCAUCGUUCUUUGCUUGCCUUGUGAUAAUCUUUGGAGCAGAGAUUGCAGCUGGUGUGUUCGGAUUCAUAAACAAGGAACAGAUUGUUGAGGAAGUCCAGAAGUUUUACAGCAGCUCCAUCGCUGACGUCUCUAAUCCAAAUGACACCGCCAUCGCAUUCAUUUACCACAAAACCCUGAACUGUUGUGGAGGUUCCACAUCAGACUUGUCUAACACACUUUGUGCAGAGGCUGAGGACAACACCCAGGACUGUCUCACUGCAAUAACAGACUUCUUCAAUGAAAAGUUGCAUAUUAUUGGAUACAUUGGGAUUGGCAUCGCAGGAGUGAUGAUCAUAGGGAUGGUCUUCAGUAUGGUGUUGUGUUGUGCCAUCAGGAACAACAGGGAGGUUAUAUAGACGUCCAGAUUGAUCUGGUGGGGGAGGUUCAGAGUACAAUACAUCCCAGUCGUCCACGGGCCAAAUUCAACACGAUACGCUGGAUCGUCAUCUUCACACCUUCUCCUCUACUCCACCAGCACUGAACAUUUAUUUCUCUGCUUUUUAUGACGUAACACACGCUCUGCUUUUUGGCACAACUCUGUGACAUUCCUCAGUUUUAACAUCUUUUUGUUACACAGCUCAGUACACCAAGCCUUCUUUGACACAGGAAUGUUGUGACUGCUGUAAAUAUGGAACAGCUAUUUUAUGCACCUGCUGUUAACACUAUUUAUCAUGCCCCUUUCUAGCCAGUUUUUAUGUAAUCAAUACUACUACUGUGUGCUUAAAUGUUUUGAGGACUAGCCUACCUUUGCUGAGUAGAUUUCCAUCACGUGCCUAUUUAGUCACACAACAAGCCUCCAGCUAUACCGCACUAUUUACCUAUUCCUUGUGUUUUCAAUAUGUACAUAAGCUCCCUGUCACCACUCUCAAGUAUUUCUACUUUAAAGCACAAAUAGAGGAAGUGUAGAUAUGAUAUCAACCCAAAGGGUUAGGGAAGGUCUGAUGAUAAACUGCCACUCUGUGAUUCUCCAAAUUCACCUAAAAAGGUCAUGAAUAACAAUACUGUAAGUCUCGAGAGCUCCUCUGGAGCACGUGUGAACUGUAACAGUGAGCUAGUUUGCAUUUUGUGUGAAUUAUUUUGGAUGUAAAUUUUGUUGGUGUGCCAAUAAGAUGUGAAUUAUAGGAUAAUAUAGUUUUAUGCCAUACUGUUAACCGUAAUAAAAAUAAAAUGGGUGCUUUUA